UCCGCGUGCUUCUUCGCUUCCCUCGACCGACUUCACGACGAAUCUCACCAUGUGCAUCGAAAACACCCACAGACACGUACUGGAAAUACAAAGUGCGCCACCAAGCAUCGUCGAGCUGGGUUCGCGCAAGAGAAAAGCCGUUCGGAUGCCGAACCUGCAGCGCUGGGCUAUGGACUCCGAGAACUCCAAGAGCACGGCGUCCGCCAGGGGUGCCUCGGUGCCCUCCUUCCGGGCGUCUAACACCGGUCCCGAGAGCCGCAUGCGCAAGGGUAGCGGCUCUAAGAGCCCUUCGUCAUCGUCAGGGGCACCGGUCGGCUGUCCCGUGGCCGGUGACGACGCCCCGACGACGGCCGCCCCGGCGUCCAGCCAUCCGUCGGCCGCCGCCGCCUCUCUGUGUGCCGGCUGCGGGCUUCCCAUCGUGGACCGGUACAUCCUGCGCGUCAUGGAGCACUCGUGGCACGAGGCCUGCCUCCAAUGCUCCGUGUGCCACGCGCCCCUCGAGCAGUCCUGCUACUCGAGGGACAGGAAGCUCUUCUGCAAGGCCGACUACGACAAGUUGUUCGGUGUCAAGUGCGCGGGAUGCCUCGGUUGCAUCGCGCCCAGCGAGCUGGUGAUGCGCGCCCUGGAACACGUGUUUCACGUGGCCUGCUUCGCGUGCGUCGUGUGCGGCCGCACCCUGCAGAAGGGUGACCAGUUCGUGGUGCGCGCCGCGCGCCUCUACUGCCGGCCCGACUUCGAGAAGGAGAUGGCGCUCGUCUCCAUGGCACAGCACCACGCCAACAGCCAGCCGACACAGCCUCACGCGCCGCCCCAGCACCCGGCUGCGCACGCGCCCAACGCAGCCCUGCCAGGGGCCAGAGGCGAGAACGGUCCUCUGCCGGGCGGGGGUCCCAACGGUCAGCAACCGGGUGCGGGCGGCGGGGCAGCCGCAGUUCGUCCCGACGGCCGCCGGGGUCCUAAGAGGCCUCGCACUAUCCUGACCACGGCGCAGAGGCGCGCUUUCAAGGCAUCCUUCGAGAUCAGCCAGAAGCCAUGCCGCAAGGUUCGUGAGACGUUGGCCAAAGAAACGGGUCUCAGUGUGCGAAUUGUCCAAGUGUGGUUUCAAAACCAAAGAGCGAAGUUAAAGAAGAUCCAGCGCAAGCAGCAGCAACAGCAACAGCAGCAGCAGCAGAGCCAGCAGAACGCGGGGGGAGACAGCUCGGGCAGCGAGAUGGCCUCCUCCACCAAGGACUCCAAGAAGAGCGACGAUGGCCGCCAGUCGGCAUCGCCGGCCGACCUUAGCUCUCCGCCAUUCUCGAGGCUAGGCCUUCUCGAACCGUCUGCCGUGGGGUCUCCGUACCAUCUGCAACCGCUGCCUUACGGUACGCACCACGACGGUUCCUAUUACGGGCCGACGCACGUCGACCCGACGUACCUCAAGUCGGAGAUCUCGAUGGAGAGCGAGACGUCCCUGAGCGGCCUCGAAGACGUCCUGAUCGGCGCCGGAAGCGGCGGCGGCGGCGGACAGCCUCCUCCUCCACUAUCGGACGCCAUGUUUGCCCCGUCGGCCGUGAAUCCCAUCGACAAGCUGUACUCGAUGCAGACCUCCUACUUCAGCAACAACGAGUGCGAGUGCCUGGGCGGCUCCAACUGACGGUGCCAGGGCGCCGCCACCGCGCCGCGCCGCCACCGCAGGCAGCAGGGCAGCCAACGCCAGCCGGCCGCAGUCAGGCAGUAGUGCCUGCCUUGUACCGCAUUGUAACGGCGCGUAACAUUUUCGAACGGGAGGGGACCGCGGACGGGACUGCGCAUGCGUUGCA